AUGGCGUGGAGACAUCUGAAAGUGAGUCUAGAAUGCGGGGUCUUGGGGGUGGCUGGGAGGGACUGCGAGCAGCGGGCCUGGGAUGCUGUGGCUGUCCUGGGAGGCGGAGGGCUCCUCUUCGCCUCAUACUUGGCAGCUACAGGGGACGAGCAUUUCUAUGCCAAACACCUGAUGCCCACUCUGCAGAGGCUGCUGGACCCUGAGUCCGCACACAGGCUUGCUGUGCGCUGCACGUCCCUGGGGCUCGUUCCACAAUCCAGCUUCCAAGACUCAGACAUGCUGGAAGUAAGGGUCCUGGGCCAGAAAUUCCGCAAUCCCAUAGGAAUUGCUGCAGGAUUUGAUAAGCAUGGGGAAGCCGUGGAUGGGCUUUAUAAGAUGGGCUUUGGGUUUGUGGAGAUUGGAAGUGUUACCCCCAAACCUCAGGAAGGAAACCCCAAGCCCAGGGUUUUCCGCCUCCCCGAGGACCAGGCUGUGAUUAACAGGUACGGAUUUAACAGCCAUGGCCUCACGGUGGUGGAGCGCAGGCUACAUGCCAGGCAGCAGAAGCAGGCCAGGCUUACAGAAGAUGGGAUGCCACUGGGAAUAAACCUGGGGAAGAACAAGACGUCGGAGGAUGCUGCCUCAGACUAUGCGGAGGGGGUUCGAGUCCUGGGCCAUUUGGCCGACUACCUGGUGGUGAACGUUUCCAGUCCCAACACUGCUGGUCUGCGCAACCUUCAGGGAAAGAGUGAGCUGCGCCGCCUGCUGGCCAAGGUGCUGCAGGAGAGAGAGGCCUUAAAGCAAGCACACAAGCCAGCAGUGCUAGUGAAGAUCGCGCCCGACCUCACGGCCCGAGACAAGGAGGACAUUGCCAGUGUGGUACGAGAGCUGGGAAUCGACGGACUCAUUGUCACCAACACCACUGUGAGCCGCCCUGCCAGCCUCCAGGGCGCCCUGCGCUCUGAAAGCGGGGGACUGAGCGGGCAGCCUCUGCGGGAUCUGUCCACACAGACCAUCCGGGAGAUGUAUGCGCUCACACAAGGCAGAGUCCCCAUCAUUGGGGUGGGUGGCGUGAGCAGCGGGCAGGACGCACUGGAGAAGAUCCGAGCGGGCGCCUCGCUGGUGCAGCUGUACACAGCACUUACCUACCAGGGCCCGCCCGUGGUGGGCAAGGUCAAGCGGGAGCUGCAGGCCCUGCUGAGGGAGCAAGGUUUCACCCGAGUCACUGAUGCCAUUGGAGCUGACCACCGGACGUGAGGGCUUGGCUGCUGGGUGCCUGAUCUGGAACCUUUCCCUGAGGCAGGCGGACGUUUGUGACCCAAGAGCAAGAGGAGGGAGCAGCUGUGUCUC